AUUAUUUUUUGUGGUAGACUCCUAUUUUAUACGUAGCCGGAUAGUCUCGGAGUUCUCCAUGCACCUAUAUUGUAGUAUUGAUGAUCUUGCAUAACUCCAUAGUAAUCCACUAUUGUUUAUCUUUUAGUCGUAGGUAUAGAUAUACUUCCCCACAUUAUUAAACUGUAUAAAUAAGACAGUAUAUGCUGGGUUCAUAUUGAUAGAUUUUUCAUUUCUCCAUCAUCACAAUGACUGCAAUUAUUAGCUUGCGUGGAUUUUUCCAAUUACUUUAUCUUCCGGUAUUACUUCUCAUUACCACUGUUAAGCAUUAUACUGUGGGGACAGAAUUGCGAAAAUACAAAAACAGCUUAUUGAGUGUAUUGAAGAUUACAGCAAUCAGAACUGCCUUGUCGCUUGACGUUGGUGAUACUAGGAUUUUUGGUCUUGUUACCAAUAAUUUUGUUCUUCAGAAAGCCAUUGGUAGUAGAUAUAAUGAUAUUACUAGAGGUCUCAAUGGUUAUGGUACUAAGUAUGACGAAAAUUCCUAUUGGAUUGUGAAACAACCAAAUAGAGAUCCGCUGGAUCCUAUAUUAUAUUUUUUGCACGGCGGUGCUUAUUUUUUACAAACUUCUCCACAACAGUUAGAAUCCAUCAUUGGUAUGUAUAAACUUCUUGAUCCUGAAGUGCAAAGUAAGACCUCGAUCUUACUUCUUGAUUAUAAACUAGUUGGUAAUGGGCAUACGUUCCCCACUCAAAUCAAUCAGCUUCAUCAAUCUUAUCAGAAUUUGACGGUACGGGACAAAAAUACCAACAUUGGGCUAAUUGGGGAUUCUGCAGGUGGGAACCUUUCAGUUAUAUAUACUCAAUAUUUGAAGAGUUUAGAAAGAUCUAAGGUUCUUAAGAAUCCUAUUUAUCCAAGAACUAUGGUUUUAAUCUCACCUUGGAUUAAUCUUCAGCCUGAACUAGAGCAAUAUGGCCCAGGACACUCAUAUUAUGACAAUUUUAAGUAUGAUCUAAUUCAAUACAAAUAUUUUAUGAAACCUGAUUCACUUGCUUAUUUACUUGGGAAGGAGCCUUUGAGAAGUCUUUUGGUUUCUCCAAAUUCAAAGCUUCCACACCUGGCUGAUGAUUGGUCGGAUAUUCCAACUUAUGCAGAUGAAAAUUCUAAUAUUUUUGUAAUUGCUGGCGAAGAUGAACUGUUUAGAGAUGAUAUCUUAAAAUUUGCAGAGUUUGCACUUGAAUGUCCAUUUUAUAGUGAAAACUCAUAUGGUAGUACUCCAAUGGAGAUCAAUCCAAAACUUCAUCACUACAUAAGACCUAAUCAACCAGGAAAGGCUGGUGUUGAGCUUUAUGUUGAGCCAUGGGGAGUUCAUGACGCUUUAUUCUUUGAAAAUCAUUCACUUGCAAAGAUUAUGGAUCUUGAAAAACAUGAGAAAGUUGCUGAUUGUACUUUCUGGAGUGAUGCUGAGUUUUUUGCAACCAAAAGAAUUGUGGAGUUUUUGAAUAGAGUUUUGGCUCUGUAGUUCUUGUGAACCAAUGAUAUUUUUAUUUCAUACAAUUAUUUAACUAAAAGAAAAUGAUAUUAGCCUUGUAUUGUAUUUAAUUUUAUAUUGCA